AGCCUUUUGAGCCAAUCAGCUUCCUAUUACACAGAGACAACCCUUCACCUCAUAUGUCCCAAUCCUUCCUGUCACCAGGAAGUAAACAUACAUGCUCUCUCGACAAUUUCUGUCAGUAAAGGUCUCUGCAGUUUACACUUCAAAAUGAGUAAAACAGUUGAUACAGAAAACGAAACUAAGACCAAGGACAGCAAGGAAACCCCUGGGUCUGAAAAUAAGAAGUCUUACUGCAAACUGGAAACUGUUACAAGUGAACGGUCACAGUACUCUCCGGGGUUAUCCAUUCUGAAGAAGGCGAUCUUACUGCAGUGUAUCGUCUACAUCUCUCUGCCUGUCAUUCUCUGCCUGUUUCCAUGGAUACUAGGCCAUGUUGUCUUUUCUCACUGGUUAAGGAUUCCGUACCUCGUGGACCUGGCCAGUCCAGCAGAGCUCUCCCUGAACCACACUCUAAACUUCUACCUCAGUCCAGAGGAGGGGAUCUCACUGGGUGUAUGGCAUACGGUUCCCGACAGCCAAUGGGAGAAGGCCCAGGGGGCCGGCCCUGAGUGGUACAGUGAGACUCUGGGAGAUGGUUCUCCUGUUAUCAUCUAUCUCCACGGCAACGUGGGCUCCAGGGCCAUAAACCACAGAGUGGAACUUGUGAAGAUCCUAAGUGCAGCAGGGUAUCAUGUACUGUCACUGGACUACAGAGGUUAUGGAGAUUCCAGUGGGGAGCCCAGUGAGGUUGGGUUGACCUCUGACGCCCUCUAUCUGUACCAGUGGGUAAAGACACGCAGCAGGACCAGCCAGAUCAGUCUGUGGGGACAUUCCCUGGGUACUGGGGUGGCCACCAACGCUGCUGUAAAGAUACAGGAACAGGCAAUGGAGUUGGCAAGAGAAAGAGCACGCGAUCUGAGGGACGUAACACAAGCCGAUCUGGAGCCAAGCUAUGCUGUUGAUAGUGUGAUCCUGGAGGCUCCGUACACCAAUAUGGAGGAGGAAGUAGCCAGCCAUCCCCUCAGCGUGAUGUAUCAGUGUCUUCCGGGUUUUCAGAGCGUUCUUCAUCACGUCAUGCGAAGCAACAACAUGGUGUUCGCUAACGAUGAAAAUUUAAAGACCUUGACCACUCGUAUCCUUUUCCUACACGCUGAGGAUGACAAUGUGGUUCCUUUUUACAUGAGCCAGAAGCUGCACCAGAUUGCACUUCAAGCCCGUAGACAACGGUAUGCAGAGGACCAGGUGCACAUGGUAUCCUACAGUGGAUCCUUAGGAUACUCGCACAACUACAUCUAUUUGGAUCCCAACCUGGCCAGUGUUGUUGGGCGGUUUCUACAAAGCAAGAAUAACAACAUUGAUAGACCGAUAGUCGGGUGAGUCGGCGACAUUUUUAGGGGAAGAGCUGCCUACUAAACCCCCCCCCCCCCAGAAAGGAACAAUUACACAUACAGUAUUGCCUGUUCAUGGUCUUUGUGAGAUCCUUGUUCCUCACUCAAAAACUUUCACAAGGGCCGCGUCCAUGUUUCUAGUGUCAUCUUGUGUAUUGCACUCGUCUCUCAUAGUUGUCAGUGACUGUAUGAAUUAUAUUACAAUUAAA